AUGAGUUACGGUAAAGCAGCAGCUGAAAGAAUUGAGAAUCAAACCUUCCUUAUCACCGGAUGUUCAUCAGGAAUUGGUGAAGCUACAUGUUUAGAAUUAGCUGAAGCAAAUCCAAAUAUUAAAUUAAUUAUUACAGCUAGAAGAAAAGAUAAAUUAGAUGAAUUGAAAACAAAAUUAGAAAAAGAAUAUCCAGGUAUUAAAGUUUUAUCUGCAAGUUUAGAUGUUUCAGACUUGAAAUCUAUUGAUGAAUUCUUCAAAAACAUUCCAAGUGAUUUUGCUGAUAUUGACGUUUUGAUAAAUAAUGCAGGGUUAGCAAUUGGACAAGAUGAAUUUGUAAACACUGAAGUUGAAGAUGCCGAGUUAGUUUUUCAAACAAAUGUUUUAGGUUCAAUUGCAGUUACCAAGAAAGUAUUACCACUUUUGAAAAAGAAAAAUACUGGAACCAUAGUGUUUAUUGGUAGUAUUGCUGGUAUUGUACCAUAUGAUAAAGGUUCAAUUUAUUGUGCUUCUAAGGCCGCAAUCAAAUCAUUCAGUGAUUCUUUAAGAAAAGAGUUGAUUUCAACCAAAAUUAGAGUCAUUUUAAAUAGUCCAGGUGCAGUUGAAACAAAUUUUUCCUUAGUUAGAUUUAAGGGAGAUAAAGCAAAAUCAGAUGCUGUAUAUGAUAAAACUGAACCCUUGAUAGCUAGUGAUAUUGCUGAGUCAUUAGUUUUCUCAAUAACAAGAAGACAAAAUGUGGUCAUUGCUGAAACUUUGAUAUUCCCAAAUCAUCAAGCCUCACCAUUCCACUACUACAGAAAACAAGAUUAA